AUGGCCCUGCCCCCGCCCGACUUUGAGCGAAUGAAAAAAUCCCAGACCUCUCCCACCUCUCCAAUGAUGACAUCAUUGCCAAGGGAGAACCAGCGUGUGUCACCUGAGAUUUCCUCCAACCCCAACCUGUGCAACCCGAGCCCAGGCCCAGGGAUUGUGUCAUGGACAACGUCUCCCAGUAUGCCCCACACUAUGGGGCCGCCACUACAAUGUAAUGGCCAAUGCUCUCCCGGUAAGGAGAACUCAAGAUUGUUGGCGGAUGCGUCAACACCUAAUGGACACACAGUACCUCAGGCUCCUAAUGGCCCCAGUGAACUGCAAAUUAAACAGGAGGAAGAAACAGCGGAGGAGGCUGACAACAGAAGCCCAGCAGAAAUAGGCCAAACAGGGGAGGAAGGAGUAGCAUUGGAGGAAUCCAUGACUGACAGCCCGAGCAAUGUACAGGAUGGAUUAUCUGAGACAAAUGCGACAGAUGAUUUAGAAAGUCGACAAACACACGGUGACAGGCCAUUCCAGUGCAACCAGUGUGGCGUCUCAUUCACCCAGAAGGGAAACCUGCUAAGACACAUUAAGCUGCAUACAGGUGAAAAACCCUUCAAAUGCCCCUUCUGCAGCUACGCCUGCCGGCGGCGCGAUGCCCUCAGCGGGCAUUUGCGCACUCAUGCUGUUGGCAAACCGCACAAGUGUAACUUUUGUGGGCGGAGCUACAAACAGCGCACUUCUCUGGAGGAACAUAAAGAGCGCUGCCAUAGUUACCUGCAGGGUAUUGGCUUGGAUCCCAAUGCCAACGCUGGCCCUUACACAGGUGAGGUCCCUAAAGACCCAAGGCCCAUGGCGGAGCCCAACAGAAUGGCGACCUUUGAUCGGCCACCUGUUAUUGAAAGACUUCACAGCAAUGUGGGCAAGAGGAAGAGCACCACGCCUCAAAAAUUUGUGGGUGAAAAGAUGGUACGCUACAGCUACCCUGAACUGGGCUAUCAGAUGGGCCUUAAGUAUGAGAAGCAGGCUGAACUGAUGUCAGCCCACAUGAUGGACCAGGCCAUCAACAAUGCCAUCACAUAUCUUGGAUCAGACUCUCUUCGGCCCAUGCUCCAUCAUCCAGGUCCCCCUCUCUCUAUGGCUGAAGUGGUGCCAAUGGUCAACCCCCUCUACCACCAUGUCCUGCCAUUGGGCCAACGAACAGAUCAUCGAGGUAAUUGUGACAUGCUGCAAUCUCAGCACGCUCAGCCCCUUCAGCCCCAUGACUUCCCCAGCCGUCCCACCACAAAUGGCCCAGUGGCUUUAACCAGGCUGGACGAGCUGCAUCAUCCAGGGCAAAACGAAUCUCCCAACAACAGUGGAGUUGACUCUGCUGACUCAGCUCGCAGUAGCCCUCAUGAGAGGCAGGGCCACCAUGGGAGCAACCCCAUUCCCGGUCUCAGGUCUCGAGCCAGUCCAGCGGUGGGCUAUUCAGGUGAGCGAGUGACAGAGACAUCAUCCAGAAAUGAGGCAGGAAUGGGGGCCGGCACCACGCGAGUGGCCACAGAGAAGCCUGUGAGCCAGGAUGGGGUUCGGGUGUUUGGACGAGAGGGCCAGGAGUUACGAGCGUACCAGUGCGAGCACUGCCGGGUGCUAUUUCUGGACCAUGUCAUGUAUACCAUUCACAUGGGUUGCCACGGAUACAGAGAUCCAUUGGAGUGCAACAUCUGUGGUCACCGGAGCAAAGACAGCUAUGAGUUUUCCUCUCACAUUGUCCGUGGUGAACACACCAUCCAGUAAAAGGAUGGGUAGGAAUUUAGGGAAAGACAAAGAAGGAAAAGGAGCAAUAGCCUGAUAUCCGUCGUUACCAUCAGGCAUCUGAGACUGCACAGUUGAAGGGCACUGUAGACGAGUGUAGCACAAUCAUAGCAUAGACUUCUUUUGAGCUAAUUAUGUGAAUCUGAACAGCUGAACAAUCAUAUGAAGGUAUGGGCCAAAGACAUAUAUUAUACAUUAUUAAUUGAGAUUAAUAAAGAAGAAGGAAGGUAAGUUAUUUGUUUCCUCGUGAAAUGUUCAUGAAUGUUUUAACAGAGCAGCUAUCAAACAAAUAGUUUUUCAUUGUCGUCUUCAUUGGAAAGGUCUCCUGUUGUGCUUGUCCUGUCAUCGUGGUUUUGUUACAACAAAAUUGUUCCACUCUUAAGAAGUAAAGAAUGCAUACAAAUACAUGACAACCAGAUAGGAUACUAGCACAGAGAAAGAAGAACACCAACUUCCUGUGGCUGACUUGUAUAUUUUGUAAUUUUAGUGAAAGAUUCCAACUAUUUUGAAAUACUUUUAUUCGAUAAAUACAUUGAAAUCACUUUUGAAAAAAAUGCCAUUGAUGAAAUGAAUGCAGCAUGUAGAUAUGACAAUGUGUAAAUAAAUAGGGAAAAAAGUCAAAAAUGGUUUUACUUUAAAUAUAAUGCAUUCAUAGUUAUUUGUAACAAAAUGAUCAAAUAUACACUUAAGUGUGGCAUAUACAUUUGUAAAUCGUCAUAUGUAUAUCUCAUGAAACUGCAUUUGUUGCUCAUACUUGGAUGUAUUACUCUCCACAGUAACAGUCUCUGUUCAGUUUGCACUUACAAGGUAGGACUAUUGAUCAUAAAGCAAAAUCACAAUGAAAGGAUACAAAGUUCAUGUUUUUCCUCUUCAGCUAAGCUAAUGCAGUAUCCACACAAAUAACAAGCCAUUUAUAUGUUUACUGGUUGUUCCUAUACAAAAUGAUUAGACCCUGGUAACUCGUUGUUGCGUGCAGUUUGACCACACAGUUAGAUUCCUUCACUAGUAUUAUAGCUGGUUUGAAACAGGCAGACUUACACAUUGACACUGACAAAUGGCAGAAGGUGGUAGCUGUUUUCAUUUUGAUGACUUAAAAUUAUGCUUUAUGGCAACAGACCCAAAGAUAUAAAGGAGGCUGAAGAUACUUUACUGCUUUUGGCUUCUCUUUUCUUUUUUAUCCCAAAGUGGAUCCACUUUGUGCUUCUGGCUGGAUAGCUGUGUUUAUGUAUAUAUCAUUAUUGUGUUUUUUGGGGGGUAGGGUCUGCAUUUUAUGUACAUGGUGCUGUAUUUUACAGUAAAUACAUGCUUAUAUGUCUGGUACAAUGCCAGCCUUUAUGCUAUUAGUAUGUCAUGACAAAGACAGGGAAACAUCGCAAAAUCCGCACAGCUGUGUUUGAUGCGCUUUGUCCUUCACACCUUAACAUUUGCAAAGUGUAACUUUAUGAAGGGAAUUAAGGGAACAAAGGACAUUUCUUAUGUGUAUGGUGGGCCUUUGUCCUGCUGGUUUCCUGCUUUAAUUGUUGUGACAUUCAUGUAUAACGAGUAUCGAGAACGAGACAACAUGAGCAUGAGAAAAUGGGAGUGUGGUUACCAUAUAGUUUUACUCUGAAGGCACCUCCCAAACCUGGCGGAUUGCACCGUAAACCUGCUCUGACAUAAAAAGCAUAUACGUGAAAAAUGUGUUGAAGGAUAACACAUUUCACAUUUCAACCAGUAAGGCUAGCUGCAGUUCUUGCACAGCUACAGUGCUGUCCCUCUCUGUGAAAGGUCACAGAUGAGACUGUGCUUUGUACAGUUGGCCCUGCACUUUAUGGCAAUGUCCUGACUAAAAAACAACUUUUCGUGUAGAUAGAAUAGGAAACGAUCAUUGGCAGAUUGCAUGUUGGUCUUUUCUCUGAAAAUACAUGACAAAAUAUCUAUAUACUGUCUAAUGGACAUUUUCAUUUUGUAACAAUACUCACAUGACGUAUGGCAUUACUAGUUUCAUGCUAGUCAGCACUAUAAACAGUUGAUUAUUCGGUAAGGGUUAAACUCAGUGAUUUACUCUUCUCUAUUUAAUAUCUACUUGUAAUCAAAUGGCAGCUUUUUUCUCUGUUUACAUGCUGCUUUUCUGAUGCAAAUCUGGUGCCCGGCUGGAACAAAAUCCUAUACUGUCUGUAAAGUUUUUGCCCUGAAUAUUGUUUACAUCUUACUGCUCUGAUAAUGACUCUACAUUCCUAAACGACAUUAUUUCUGUAUUAUCUAAAGCCUUAUCUGUCCUCCUAAAACAACAUAUCCGUUUUAAUAAUCCGAUGAUCAAAUGUAUAUAAAUGUUACCCUGAAUUACUUCUUUAAUUCCCUUCUGAAAAAUACAAUCAAACAGGCCACAACUAAUUUAACUUGAAAUGGGCAUAAUAUAUAACAUGAUGUUCAAAUAAAAAGUUACUUUCUCAGAUCAAAUUUUUUCUCCAGGUUACAUUUGUGAAGUCAUUGGGGCACAGAAGUAUUUGUUUCUCGUUCUCGUAGUAAAGUUGUAACAAGGACAGCCUUACACAAUGUUUAAAUGAAGCAGCCAUAUAAACUUAAAAAGUAAGGAAAAGGAUUUUCUGUCAGCCCUUAUGGUGAGUGACGAGUUUACUUGAAAAUCAAAUUGAUUGUUCUCGUUUCCGGGUAUGUUUUUGUAAAAAUGUGUGUGCAAAAUGUCUAUUUUUCUGCAGAAAUGUUAAAGCAAAUAGUUUUGUGAUCUUUUGUGUGUGUGUUUUUUAAAGUUUAAAAAUGUUUACACAAAAUGUAAAAGACAGGUUUCAGGUGAAUUGUAUUUUAUAAGAAUUAAUAUAUGAAAGGAGUAUAUUUUGGCGCUGAAUACUGAAAUUAUCCAGAUGCAUGUGCCGAUUGAUCGUCUUUGAUAUGGAUAAGAAGUUUCGGAUGUGAGGGCUCUCAGGUAUUGCAUAGGCUGUGUAUUUGUAUGUCCUAAAUGAUGUGAUUUAUUUAUCAAAAAGAUGCACAGUAAUUGAAAUUGUUGGUCAACCCUCAUGACUAAAAUCAGAAGUUAGAUGAUUCAACAUCAAUGGCAUAACAUGAAGGAAAAUUGCUGUGAAGAAUACAAUGUAUAUGUUUAAGGCAUGGGGUUCUCUCUAUUAAAGACAUGGUUUUACUG